AUGCAUUCCAACUACAUAUUCGUCGUCGUCGCUCUCUUCUCCGCACACCUCAACGCCCUUCCUCUCAACAUCAAUCUCGGAGCCUAUUCGCCUGCCUUGGUAGUCGGUGAUGGUGAAAUCUCAUUCGGAAGUAAGCAAGACGUAUCCAAUUUGAUGAACGCUCUCGAAGGUGCCGCUGUUGCAGGUAGCGCUGCUCAAGCUGCAGCCCCAGCCCCAGCCGCUCCAGCUGCUCCGAUUACGACUCCACCCGCCGCUGCCCAGGACACUUCCCUCCAGGGCAUAGGCAAGGAGAUCUCUCCUCGAGCCCUCCAGCUGCACUCGGCGGCCCAGAGGAGAGACAUGCAAGGAUUCAACGCCGCCCUAAACUACGCCAGCGCGGCCUUGAAGAUGAGCCCCGAGGUCCAGCUUGGUACCGGGGAAGGUGGAUCCGGGAUCGGUAUCACGCAAAAGGCCGGCGGAACCGUCUCCCCGGCCCCAGCUGGAGGAAAGGAGGUUGCCGCCCGCGAUCUGUUCUCGCCGAAGAUGAAGACGACCGUCACGACCAUGUAUGUUCGUGGAGGUGCGCUACCAGUCCGCGACAACGAGGAUUCGCCAGUUGAGAGGCGCGAGCCGACGCCGAGCUCAUCCACAAUCGACGGCAUCAACCUCAACAUGGCCGAAGGCCAAGUCGCGGAGUUGACGUUCGUCGAGACAGCAGAGGUGGACGACGACGAUGAGUGA